CACGCUCAUUCGGUUCCGCAACUUGUAUAUAUAAAGCGUCAUGGGUCCCAUCCUUCGUCCAUGUGAACUGAGAGGCCAUUCUUUACUUCAAUUUCUUGUGUCAUCGUCAUCAUGAGACAACUCUCUCUGUGGUUGUUUACCGGUCUCAGUGCCUUGGUGGCAGGCACCAGUGCGGCAGUUAACCGCUCCUCACUGUUGACCUAUGAUUCAAAGCCUCGUGUUUUCGUCCUUUCAGAUAUCUCCAAUGAACCGGAUGACACCGAGUCUUUUGUACGAUUCCUGCUGUACAGCAAUCAGUUCCAGAUCGAAGGAAUGACCGCCGUCACUUCUGUUUGGCUGAAAGACCAGGUGUAUCCCGAGCAGAUCUCCGCCGUUGUUGACGCCUAUGCCAAGGUGGUCGACAACUUGAACCAGCACACCUCACCGUCAUCUCCCUACCCUUCAGCAGAGUACCUCCACAGUAUUGUCAGAUCAGGCCCAGCUAUCUACGGCAUGGAAGGUGUUGGUCCCGGCCGAAACCUCAGUUCUGGUGCGGAGCUACUGCUGAACCGACUCCGCCAACCGGUAGAUGAGCCCCUUUGGGUUCUUUCCUGGGGAGGCGAAAACGUCCUCGCGGAGACUCUAUACUAUAUUCAACACAACUUAAACGCCACCGAGGCAGCGCGCCUCCGCACCCAGCUUCGUGUCUACACCAUCUCCGACCAAGAUGACAGUGGUCUCUGGAUUCGCGAGCAGUUUCCGGAUAUCUUUUACAUCGCCUCCGUGCACGGAUGGAACCAAUACGGUCUUGCUGCCUGGCCGGCCAUCUCUGGCGAGGAAUACUACAACUUCGACAUCGGUGGUCCGGACUCUACGAAGGUCUCCGCUGCCUGGCUGCGGAAGAACAUCCAGGUUGGCGUCUAUGGCAAGGAAUACCCGGACUACAAGUAUAUCAUGGAGGGAGAUACCCCGACCUUUUUGUACCUCAUUCAGAACGGACUGGGUGUGCGUGAGCAACCUGACUAUGGUUCAUGGGGCGGCCGCUACUCUCCGGUCGACCUGACUACCGAGUUAAAGUACCGCCAAUACAGCGACGCGGUGGAUCGGGUUGUCGGCCAGAACAAUCGUACCUACACUUCCAAUCACGCUGCGAUCUGGAGAUGGAGAGACGCAUACCAGAAUGACUUUGCCGCACGGAUCCAGUGGACGCUCCCUGCGAACGAAAGCAAGGCAAACCAUCAUCCUGUUGUUGUGGUCAACGAAGACGCAGAUCUGAGCCCAUUGGUCAUCACGUCGACUCCUAACGCUACCGUCUCGCUGGACGCGUCUGGUACUUACGACCCCGACCGUGAUGGCCUGUCCUUCCGCUGGUUCCAGUACAAGGAGCCUGGUUCGACGGAUUGGAAUGUGGAUAAUCAAAUCCCGACGCUUGAUGUCACUGUCUCUGGAGACGGUAAACGUGCGCAGGUGACGAUCCCAGCCGCCGAUGAUGUUUGCGAUGGCAACAGCUCCAAUAACUCGGGGUGCUGGACCCUACAUCUCAUCCUCCAGGUCACGGAUAACGGCACGAUUCCACUGACGACGUAUAAGAGAGUGUUGUUCGAAACAGCGAAUUCCACUCAAUCUGCAUGAUUGCGAAUCGAUACGGAGUCGCUGAAUAUGAGAAAUGCUUGGGUACCUAACGACGUAUUGAAAUAUAUAUUCACUUCUCAACGCCACUUCAGUUUGGCUAUCACGACAUUAG